ACGUAUCGAUGUAUCGAUCGAGUAAGCGUGGCAAAAUUAAAUCGCCCAAAGUCGGGUGUGCUCAGAAGAUGGAGUGCGAGCUCUGUUAAAUGCGCAUUUAAAUAAAAAAAGAUUUCAUUUUCAGCUUGAGCAUAAUUUGUCAUAAUGAGAACAAUGUCGAUGAUGAUGGAAACAGUAUUUCAAGGGAAAAAAAAAGAUUUUUUAACAUGUAUUCUUAUCUAAUUUCUGAGUUGAAAAUACACAAACGUUCGUAAUUAAAAUAUUAAAAUUCAUAUAGCGAUAACUAGCUAUAUAUAAUAAAUAAUGCCUCGUUAUACUGAAAAAGUGACUCCCGAAUAACAUUAUAUAACGAGAAAACCUGCUGAAGCGCAACAACUCUUGUAAUCGUUGACUUCGGUUAAUCGCUAUCAAAGCGAGCGCCUUCGCCGAUGAUCCCUCGUGUUUCUAUUCCUGUUGUACCCUCGUAAGCAGGGCCGCAUUUACCAUAAGGCGCAUCAGGCGCAAGCUGGGGCCUCACUCCCUAUGGGGCCACAUUUUAAAACCUUACCUUCUCACAAAUAAAAACCAAAUUAGUUAUAUAGUUGCAAAAUAAAAUAUUUAUUUUUAAAUAUUAAAUUCAUAAUAUAAAAACUAGAGGCUGCUGAAAAAUUUGUGUGACCUCCGACCUCCGUUUUAAAUACAUCGUUCUUUCCUUAAAAUAUAAAACUAACAGAAACUGCUAUAUUCCAUAAAAUUCAUAUACGUGAGCAUAUCACCAACGAGGCAAAAAGCUAUUGGGGCAAUAGCUAUUUUGUUUCCUACGUCUACAUAUUUCACAACUGUAGAAGAAUGAAAAUAGAAAUAGAACUGUGGAUGUUUUUUUAGCUUAUCGCUAUUCCUUAUUUUCUAAGGUUCUAUCGCGUAGCCAUACCCAAUCGAAGUUAACUUCGUUUUAUGUAAUAGAUAUAAUGAACCGCGAUCUUUUGUCAGUUUCGCGGCACGUCCAUUUAACAUAUGCUAUAUAGCAGUGCCGGGAUUUAGUUGCACAUUUCUGGCCGAUUUCGUUGUCAACUCCCACUGUUCCCCUCUUGCCGCGCGUAUCUUAGAAAUGAGGUGCCGGACGCUAAUAAACAAGAUACAUGCCGCUAAAUUAUUAGCUCAUUUUCAGUGUUGAAACGAAUAAAAAAUUAUUUAAGUAACUUACACCAAAAUAAAACGAGUGACCUGUCGUUAUUAUGCAUUGAAUCAGAUGUAAUGGACUCGAUUAAUUAUGAUGACAUUAUAGAUAUAUUUGCUAAAACCAAAGCCAGAAAAAAAUACUUUUAAUUAUUAAUUUUGUUUAAUUUAAAUUUGAACUGAUUUAUUUUUAUACUUUGUUAAAUGCAAUUAUAUGCAUACUCAAUUGUGCUAUGUUAGUUUUCUUUUAUUAAAAAAAGUUAUUAUGGAAAUGUCAACUUUUAUUUUCAAUAAACUACAUAUGACUUUAAUUCACUGAAAUAGACUUGUUCUUUUGAGGCCUCAUAAUGAUGUUGCGCCUAGGGCCUCUAAAAGUAUAAAUGCGGCUCUGCUCGUAAGGUUUCUCUGUGCGGCGCUCAAGGUGCUCUUAAGGUAUUCCCAAAUCCCGCGUAAUUUAAUAGAGAACUUCUUAAGGCUGUUUGGCGACUUAGAAUGGCGAUGUAUACAGUCGCAAAGACGUAAGACGCCGCGAUAUUAUAUUUAAGGGCGGCACGCGGUCGCGGCCAGAUCCGAGCCGCAUCCGACACUAGACCGAACGGGGACUCUUCCUGUAAGACCUACGGGAAGACACUGCGAGACUCCACGCUGGCAAUAGCAAUUCAACAGUAUAUUUGGAUUAGUUCGUUCACCACGACGAUUUUCUCUUUUCAAGUAGCACGCACGAGUUAACAAUGACCAUUGCAUCCGGACCGAGCCAUGCGGCCUACGCAUGGGCGGCCCACGGAGGAUUCGGCAAUCAAACGGUGGUGGACAAGGUGCCACCGGAGAUGCUCCACCUGGUCGACCCUCACUGGUAUCAAUUCGCACCGAUGAACCCUCUAUGGCACGCAAUCCUCGGCUUGGUCAUUGGUGUCCUCGGCAUGGUAUCCAUCAUCGGUAAUGGCAUGGUGGUGUACAUUUUCAUCGCCACCAAGAACCUCCGUACCCCGAGCAACCUCCUCGUUAUCAAUCUCGCCGCCUCCGACUUCUGCAUGAUGCUAGCCAUGUCUCCGGCUAUGAUUAUCAAUUGCUAUUACGAGACGUGGGUGCUGGGUCCUUUGUUCUGUGAACUGUACGGCAUGUUGGGCUCCCUGUUCGGAUGUGGCUCCAUAUGGACGAUGACGAUGAUCGCAUUCGACAGGUACAACGUAAUCGUCAAAGGAUUGUCCAUUAAGCCGAUGACCGUUAACGGCGCUCUCCUUCGCGUACUCGGCAUCUGGCUCUUCUCGUUGGCUUGGACUAUCGCCCCGAUGUUCGGAUGGAACCGCUACGUGCCGGAGGGCAACAUGACCGCCUGCGGUACCGACUACUUGAACAAGGACACGCUGUCCAGAUCGUACAUCCUGGUCUACAGCUUCUUCUGCUACUUCUUGCCGUUGUUCCUCAUCAUCUACAGCUACUUCUUCAUCAUCCAGGCCGUCGCUGCUCACGAGAAGAACAUGCGCGAGCAGGCAAAGAAGAUGAACGUGGCCUCCCUGCGAUCAACCGACAACCAGAACACCAGUGCCGAAUGCAAACUGGCCAAGGUAGCUCUGAUGACCAUUUCCCUGUGGUUCAUGGCGUGGACUCCAUACCUAGUCAUUAAUUACGCGGGUAUCUUCGAGACGAUUAAGAUCACCCCACUCUUCACAAUCUGGGGCUCCGUCUUCGCGAAGGCCAACGCUGUGUACAAUCCGAUCGUGUACGGCAUCAGCCAUCCGAAAUACCGAGCUGCCCUGUUCCAAAGGUUUCCAUCUCUGGCAUGCGCAGGCGAAGAGACGCAUGCUGCGGAAACGACUUCCACGACUACCACGGUCACGGAGAACGACAAGUCUGCGGCAUAGAAUCAAGAUUUGUGUUAAUCUUCUGACAAUGCACUUGGAUUUGGUGAACGGUACGCAAUGUCUCAAUCAAAAAAAGUAUUACAUUUUUGUCACGGAGAAACCGCGCCAACGAGCAUGGAGUGUAAAUGUACUGUAAAUAGCUGCAAUAAAUGUAUCGCGUGCAGAAAGAUGAUGCGUCAUCAACGAGCAGCUAGUUCGUAACAUCGGAUCGUAAAUUACGAUAUACGAGCGAGUCUGAUCAGAGCCAAGUCAGAAUGCGCGAGAGAACUUCAACAUCCGCAAGAUCGAGAGCCAAAUUGCAGUUUCGUUGCAACCGUUGAAGUUUAUGUGAUUCAACCACACCACGCGCGAAUCUCUCGUAAAUGUUUCACAGCGCGGUUUGUAAAUCUGGUCAUCCUGAGCAACUGCGCUUUAAAGGUCAUCUUGGAAUUAGCGAACACUAUUGUAAUAAUAAUUAUAAUAUUGCUAACAGUGUUAAUAUUGUCAUGGAAUAAUCACGAUACAAUGUCGUCUGUAAAUUAAUUUUAUAGAACUAAAUAAAUUCUGCACGCAAUCA